AUGGCCAUGGCUACCCAAGCUUCCCUAUUCGCACCCACAAUCCCCACUCAAACCUCCCCAUGGAAACAAUCACAACUCACCUCCUUCACCACCGUCAAACCAACCAAACCCACCACCCGAUUCACCACCAUCAAGGCCGCGGCGGCAGGAGAAGUCCCCACCAAAGAAGCUCCGGUGGGAUUCACCCCACCUGAACUCGACCCCAACACCCCAUCUCCAAUCUUCGCCGGAAGCACCGGCGGCCUGCUCAGAAAAGCUCAGGUGGAGGAGUUCUACGUCAUCACAUGGGAAUCACCAAAAGAACAGAUCUUCGAAAUGCCCACCGGCGGCGCCGCCAUCAUGAGGGAAGGACCGAAUCUGUUGAAAUUAGCGAGAAAAGAACAGUGUUUGGCUCUUGGGACAAGAUUGAGGUCAAAAUACAAGAUUAAAUACCAGUUUUACAGGGUGUUUCCGAAUGGGGAAGUUCAGUAUUUGCACCCCAAAGAUGGAGUGUACCCGGAAAAAGUUAACGCCGGCCGGCAGGGGGUGGGUCAGAACAUGAGGUCAAUCGGAAAGAAUGUUAGUCCGAUUGAAGUCAAGUUCACCGGAAAACAACCCUAUGAUAUUUGA